UUUGUAAACGUCAUCUUGACGUUUUGACACAUAUAAACGUCAAAAAUUCCCGAAAACCAAAAUAUUUUUGGGAGGCGGUUUUCCUGUUAUCCUGUAACAGUACAUUAUUAUUUUAAAAAAAUAUCCGAAAAUACGGUAGUCCAAAAUGACUGACUCAAAGUAUUUCACCACCACUAAAAAAGGAGAGAUUUUUGAACUAAAAUCUGAGCUUAAUAAUGACAAAAAAGAGAAGAAAAAGGAGGCUGUUAAAAAGGUGAUUGCCUCGAUGACUGUGGGGAAAGAUGUCUCUGCUCUAUUUCCUGAUGUUGUAAAUUGUAUGCAAACUGAUAAUUUGGAACUGAAAAAGCUAGUCUACUUGUAUCUAAUGAACUAUGCAAAAUCUCAACCUGAUAUGGCUAUUAUGGCAGUUAACACAUUUGUGAAGGACUGUGAAGAUCCAAACCCAUUAAUCAGAGCUUUAGCAGUAAGAACAAUGGGUUGUAUCAGAGUUGAUAAAAUCACAGAAUAUUUAUGUGAACCUCUGAGAAAAUGCCUAAAAGAUGAGGAUCCUUAUGUUAGAAAAACUGCUGCAGUUUGUGUGGCAAAGUUGUAUGACAUUUCCUCAGGUCUAGUUGAGGAUCAAGGAUUUUUAGAGCAACUUAAGGAACUGCUAAGUGACUCAAACCCAAUGGUAGUGGCAAAUGCGGUGGCCGCUUUGUCAGAAAUUAAUGAGAGCAGCCCAACAGGGCAACCUUUGGUUGAACUAAGCACUUCAACAAUAAACAAAUUACUUACCGCUUUAAAUGAGUGCACUGAAUGGGGCCAAGUUUUCAUUUUGGAUUCCCUCUCCAAUUACACACCGAGAGACGACAGAGAAGCUCAGAGUAUUUGUGAGAGAAUCACACCUAGAUUGGCUCAUGCAAAUGCCGCUGUCGUUCUAUCUGCUGUGAAGGUCCUAAUUAAAAUGAUGGAAAUUUUGCAGGGCGACGUUGAGUUUUGCAACACAUUGAGCAAGAAACUUGCUCCUCCCCUAGUAACUUUGCUUAGCUCAGAACCAGAGGUUCAAUAUGUGGCUUUGAGAAAUAUAAAUCUGAUUGUACAAAAGAAGCCUGAUAUAUUGAAACACGAAAUGAAGGUAUUUUUCGUCAAAUACAAUGAUCCUAUUUAUGUGAAACUGGAAAAACUGGACAUUAUGAUUCGGCUGGCUUCCCAAGCUAACAUUGCCCAAGUACUGAGUGAACUAAAGGAAUAUGCAACUGAGGUUGACGUUGAUUUUGUAAGAAAAGCCGUGAGAGCGAUUGGUCGAUGCGCUAUUAAAGUCGAACCUUCUGCUGAACGAUGCGUAUCUACUUUGCUCGAUUUGAUUCAGACCAAAGUGAAUUAUGUGGUGCAAGAGGCUAUUGUGGUUAUCAAAGAUAUUUUCAGAAAAUACCCUAAUAAAUACGAAAGCAUCAUCAGUACGUUGUGUGAAAACUUAGACACCCUGGACGAGCCAGAGGCCAGAGCCUCUAUGGUAUGGAUUAUCGGAGAGUAUGCCGAAAGAAUCGAUAAUGCUGACGAACUUUUGGAUAGCUUUUUGGAAGGUUUUGCUGAUGAAAACGCCCAAGUUCAGCUGCAACUACUAACAGCAGUCGUGAAACUAUUUUUAAAGAGGCCUCAACACACUCAAGGACUGGUACAACAUGUUUUGAGCUUGGCCACUCAAGACUCCGACAAUCCAGAUUUGAGGGAUAGAGGCUUUAUUUACUGGAGAUUAUUAAGUACCGAUCCAGCAGCAGCAAAAGAAGUUGUAUUGGCCGACAAGCCAUUAAUAUCUGAAGAAACUGAUUUGUUAGAACCCACUCUAUUAGACGAACUUAUCUGUCAUAUCUCCUCACUUGCUAGUGUCUAUCAUAAACCACCGACGGCUUUUGUUGAGGGUAGAAGUGCCGGUAUCAGGAAAUCUCUUCCAGCUCGUCAAGGUUUAGAAGAGGCUCCAAGUCAAGAGGCCACAGUUAUUCCAAAUCAAGAAAGUCUCAUUGGCGAUUUAUUGUCUAUGGACCUGGGUGGACCUACUGUUCCCACUCCGGCUCCGGUCGCUGCGCCCACCAGCAAUGUGGACUUGUUGGGCGGUGGCCUAGAUGUUUUGUUAGGUGGAGGUCCGGAGAUUAGCGGGGGAGCAGCACCGUCUACCACGGGACUUCUUGGGGACAUAUUUGGAAUUACCACCGCUCCCACCAUGUAUACUCCACCAAAAUCUCUUUGGCUGCCAGCCGAUAAGGGUAAAGGUUUAGAAAUUCAAGGAACCUUUUCUAGGAGAGCCGGGCAAAGUUACAUGGAAAUGACGUUAACGAAUAAAGCUAUGCAGGCUAUGACAGGUUUCGCCAUUCAGUUUAACAAAAACAGUUUCGGAUUGUCACCGGCUGCUCCGAUGAAUAUAACUUCUCUGCAACCUGGACAAUGUCUCGAAUAUAGUUUACCAUUAAAUACCACGGGCCCUGUACAAAGGAUGGAACCUUUAACUACUUUACAGGUGGCCAUAAAGAAUAACGUUGAUGUUUUUUACUAUGCUUGUCAAAUACCCAUUCAAAUCCUAUUUAUUGAAGAUGGAACGUUGGACAAAAGAGUAUUCUUGACUACUUGGAGGGAUAUCCCAUCCGCUAAUGAAGUCCAGUACACCUUAAACGACGUAAAAGGAACUACAGAUUCAGUGUCUAACAAAAUGACCCUAAACAACAUUUUCACUAUUGCGAAAAGAAACGUGGAGGGUCAAGAUAUGUUGUAUCAAUCCCUAAAACUGACCAAUAACAUUUGGGUAUUGCUCGAGUUAAAACUCACCCCAGGAUUAAAUUACGCUACGCUUAGCUUGAAAUCGAGGUCAGUCGAGGUGGCUCCCUAUGUAUUCCAAGCUUAUGAUAUGAUAUGCAAGAAUUAGGCAAUUUUGUAAUAGUUAAGAUUAUAAAGUGUUAAACUCGGAAAAUAGUUUCGAUAAAACCAUUCUUGAAUAAUAUUUACAUUACCUGUACGUGCUAUUGUGGUAUUUAUAUAUUAUCAUAGUAAUGUUAUUCACCUUAUAGCGUAGAAGUAUUUUAUAUUUUAAAUUAUAUAAUGUUUAUGUUAGGUUUAUGAGAUUCAUUCCACGUUUAUGUAAUAAAUUGCCUGUAUUACGCUUAAAA